AUGGAGAGGUCUGGUAAGAUGGACAGGGGUGGAGAGACAUCAAAGGGUGGUUGUAGUGAUUCAGGGUAUUUGGGUGGUUGUGAAAGGUCAAGUCAUAGGGCACCGGCAACAGAGAGUGGGCAUAUGUCGGUCGAACAUAUGGUUAGUGAAAGUAGUGAUGAUAAUGGUGUUGACAUUAUUGCACCGAGGAAAGAAGAUGUUAUGGGGAAAGAGUUUAAAACGAUAGAAUUAGCGGAAGAAUAUUAUAUGAGUUAUGCAAAGGGCAUUGGAUUUAGUGUGAGAAAAGACAAAUUGGUUAGAAAUUCGGAAGGGAAAGUAUGCAGGAGACGGUGGUGUUGUUCUAAAGAAGGUUUGAGAAAUGAGAAGUUUAAUGAGCGAUCAGAUAGGAUUCGACCACCGAAGCCAAUUACAAGAGAGAAUUGUUCUGCCCAUUUUUGGGUGGGUUAUGAGAAGAAAAGUGAUGUUUACGUUGUUACGAAUUUUGAACCACAUCACAAUCACCAACUAGUUACUCCACUUGAAUCGCCAUAUCUCCGAUGUAAUCGGGUCGUUCGAAGUUCUGAUUUAGCACAAGCAGUGGGAAUGCGAAGAGCAUUGUUUAGAACAUGUCAAACAUAUGAGUAUAUGGUCGACCAAUGUGGUGGGUAUUUAAAUGUUGGUUUUCAAAUAAAGGAUCUGUACAAUAAGUUGGAUGCAUCACGCAGGGAAAUUUUGCUCGACGGUGACACAGAAGCUGCACUCUCUUACUUGAAAGCGAAAGGAGCAAUGGAUCCAGAAUUCUUUUGUAAGUUCAGUGUUGACGAGGAAAAUAGGCUUUGUAAUUUGUUUUGGAGGGACUCCACUUCACUUUUGGAUUACAUUGCCUACGGGGACGUCCUCAUAUUUGACAGCACGUACAAAACAAAUGUUUAUGACAAGCCCCUAGUGUUGUUUGUUGGUUCGAACAACUACCGUUCUACUGUAAUGUUUGGUUGUGCAUUAUUGCAGGACGAGACAUUUGAAACUUACAAGUGGUUAUUGGAAACAUUCAUGGCAUCCAUGAAAGAUAAGAAGCCAAUAUCAAUAUUGACGGAUGGCGAUGAGGCAAUGCGUAAAGCCAUUGAUGAUGUGUUUCCCAUGUCUAACCAUCGGUUGUGCUCAUGGCAUGUGUCAAGGAAUGCACAAAAUAACUUGAAGGAUGAUGAAUUGGUAAGAAAUUUUCAGGCAUGUAUUUGGGAACCAUUUGCAUUGGACGAGUUUGAGAAGAAAUGGGAGGUUCUAAGGGAAAGAGCGAGNACUCCGAAACAAAAAGAAUGGUUGGAAAUGAUGUNUGCAAAAAGUGACUCAUGGGCUGAAUCAUGUUUGAGAGGAAAGUUUUUCGGUGGUAUGUGCACCACUCAACGCGUGGAGUCUAUGAACAAGUAUGUGAAAGAUUACUUGAGGAAAGGUGUGAAGUUGUUUGAAUGUAUUCCAGCAAUUGAUAGGGCUAUGUUACGUCUUAGGAAUACCACGGCAAAGGAUGGUUUCAACGCAAAGNACUCAACACCAGUCCUUAAAACCGCAUUGACAAAACUCGAGCAACAAGCUUCUUUGAUUUACACGCAUAGAUGCUUUGUAUUNGUUCGUCAGGAGAUCGAAUCUUGUUCAGCACUCAUCCAUGAUAAUGUGAUGCAUAAUUUUGGAGGUCGUGUAUACGUAUUGUCAAAAUAUGAUGAACCGCAUAAUAAUUAG